AUGGCAUCACCUUCAAAUUCAAGCAUGGAUCUCAUUCGUGAGAAUCUUGCUGAGAUUCUCAACCCCGAGAUCAUCGAGAGCAUCCUCACAGAGAACAAGCGUCCUGUGCGCGUCUAUUGGGGAACCGCAACCACCGGUAAGCCCCAUAGUGGAUAUUUUACUCCGGCAGUCAAGAUUGCCCAGUUGCUCGCCGCAGGUUGUGAGGUUGUUAUUCUGCUUGCGGACGUGCAUGCUUUCCUGGAUUCUAUGAAGGCGCCCCUUGAACUAGUGGAGAACCGGGUGAAAUACUACCAAAAGACCAUUACUGCGAUUCUGCAGGCGGUCGGUGUGUCAACUGAGAAGCUGGAGUUUGUCCUCGGAAGCUCCUACCAGCGAAACUCGGAUUAUGUCAUGGACGUCUACCGUCUUGCAGCCUUGACAUCCGAGCAUGAUGCCAAAAAGGCUGGCGCAGAGAUUGUCAAGCAAUCUAACAACGCCCCCCUCAGUGGCCUCCUCUACCCCAUUCUGCAGGUUCUUGAUGAAGAGUACCUGAAAGUCGACGCGGAGCUAGGUGGACUUGACCAGAGGAAGUUGUUUGUUGCGGCAACGGAGUGGCUACCUAAGCUUGGAUAUGAGAAGCGUGCUCAUCUUAUUACACCAAUGGUACCGGGCUUGAGUGGAGGCAAAAUGAGCUCUAGUAUUGAAGAUAGCAAGAUUGAUCUCCUUGACCCGCCAGAGGUGGUCGCUAAGAAGAUUCGUAAAUCCGAAGCGGCACCACGAGUUGUUGAAAAUAACGGAGUGAUUGCCCUUGUGGAGUUUGUCCUGCUUCCUGCAGCUGCCCUCACGGGUAAGAAGGAGUUCCGUGUUGAACGCCGAGAUGCCGACCCAUUGAUCUAUACCGAUAUUCAACAACUCAAAGAUGAUUACACAAACGACGUGUUAACACCCCAGCUACUCAAACCUGCUGUUGCUGAUGGCCUCACCCGCCUGAUGGCACCUAUCCAUGAGGCCUACCAAGCUUCUCCUGAAUGGCAGGAGAUUACCCUCAAAGCCUACCCACCGCCCGUUGUGCAAAAGAAGCAGAAGAAGGUCAAGGACAAGGGUUCCCGCCACCCCGGUGCUAACAAGGAACAAGAGCUCCCGGAGCGCCCUAAGGCUUAG